AUGCGACCAUAUUCAGUCGCGCGCGACACGUCUCGCACCGCGGCGACGCCCCUUUUCCUCGCGGUUGGGCUGUUUUCGAUGAUCCUGCUGCUGAUCUACCUCCUCGUGUACUUCCCCGUCGCGACACCACGAUUGGCGACGUCGCCGACCCCACCGACGCCGAAGCGACAGGCCGACGAGGCGACUCAGGUCGAUGUCGCGCCCGCGACAACCGACCUGUACGCCUUCAUCGAUCGCGUCGAACAUCGACGACAGAUUCCGAUGCUCCACCAGCCCUUCCUCUAUGCUGUCCGCCUCAAACUCUAUCUACCUUGGAAACCGUCAGUUCGGAAAAAAAUUUUUGUUGAGGCCGGAAUAAAUAGCAAAAUUUGAACUUAUGAGAGAGGAUGAAGUUGAAAAAAGAAGUUCUGAAAUUAUCUGAUUUUUCUUCAGUUUGACUUUGAUUUCCAGCUAAUGAAAAGUUAUUGUUCUUUCAUACUUUCAUAAGAUUUGAAAACUAAGCUAGACCGAAUUUCCGGUUUUUUUUUUAAAUUUCUUUUUAGCCCGACCGCUUCUUAUUAGUCACCAUUUUCUCAAUGUUGUGAAAAAAAGGCGUGUCCACCCAAUAUAAUCUAUUAAAGUCAACUUUUAGAAAUUUUAGAAAAUGAUAAAUAACAAAUUCGACUUCUUCUCGGUAAUCUGUGAAAAAAAAACGGAAAUUUUGUGAGCAACCUGUGGAAAAUGUCCAAUUUUAAGGUUUUCAACAUUUUUAUUUUAAGGUUCUUAUAAAUAUGACUAUUGCAAAUUUUCGAAAUUUGAAUCCUUCUAUUCAAAAAAAGAAACCCAACUCCCGAGAAUUCUGCAGCUGUUCAUGAUCAUUAAACCAUUAGAAGUUUAAUGAAAAUCUGAAAGAAUCUCAUAAUAAAAAAAUAUGAUCUCAUCGUAAUCCUUUCCAGAAACGUAACUUUUGGCGAGAACGACUUCGCCUUGGAGGGUCAUCUACGGAUGCAUUUCGUGUCUGGCGGUGGGUCGAGAAUACUUCUUCACUCUGUUGAUCAACACAUCGGCGAUUGUUCACUUCUCGACGAGUUUGGCCGCAGCAUCGGCGUCAAGCAGGUCAAAAAUCGAGGACUUUGGGGAAAAUUGAAUUUUUCUGGAAAUGUUCGUUUUUAAAGUGAAAUGCCUAGUUUUCUUAAGGUAUUAUAUUCAAAAACUAGUGGUCGAGAAAAAGAUUUCCUGGCCUCAAUCUUGCCGAGAAAUAUAACUUCUAUGACUAGGAACUUUAUCAAGAGGGCAAAAAACUCAGUAAAAAAGAAAUAGCAAAAAUUAAUAGGAUUUUGACCAAUUUUCCGUUGAAUUCGUUUUACAGAGUUCUUUUUAAACAACGCUAUUGAUUUUUUACCGACCUAUAAACGGUUUUAAUUCAAUUCAUUGCUCGAUAUGAACCUUUAGAAUAGUGAAAUCAAGGUUUUUGUCGAUUUCAAUCCCAUUUCUUCCUCUUUCAGGUCCGCCGAGAACAUUCUCAGCUCCUCGAUUUCGAACUGAUGCACGACAUGAUCAGUGGAAUGAAUUAUACCCUGGACAUUCCCUUCCGGGGACACAUUUCUCAGGACAAACAGGACGGCAUCUUCGCUUCGCCUUACAAACAUGGCGAGGAGACCAGGUCAUUUUGGGAGCUCAUUGUAAGCCGCGGUUUCGAAUUAAUAAAGUCAAGGAGAUUUUUUUCAAAGUCACGUUGUAUACUUGAUUUGAUAAGAAAUUGAUGUUAUCAAGCGAAAUGAUUGAAUUCAGAUAAAGGAAAAAUAUAAAAGUUGCUUGAAAAAGUUUCUAAAAUAACAGGCUUUUUCGAUUGGGUUUCAGCUUUCUUUAAAAUCUCUAAUAAUAGAUAGAUACGGAUGGCUCUUACAAAAAAAAGGUCCUGAAAGGAUUAGCGAGAUAGCGUGCGAAAGGGAGAGGGUUUUUACAUAACCCGGUUUAUUUUUAAUUUUUGAACCAACGGAGUUAAUUUUUUAUUCAUUGAGACGUUUAUCUUCAUUCUUCACAUUUAGUUUGAGGGCUAAAACAAAAGUUUGAAAACAGAAGCGAGAGAUCAAUGGAGACUUGAAGAGGCGUCAGAGAAGUGGGUGUCUCUCUCUUUCUCUCGUGUCUCUUCAGACUACCUGUGGUCAAUACAAACAAAAAGACAGUAGUACUUUUCUGGGGUCUCUUCAAACCGUUUAAUGUCUACUUCCACUAACAAUUUUUCACAUAAAUCAAUUUUUGGGAAUCAACAGAACUUGAAAACUUGAAGAAAGAUUUUCUGAUCAGUGUUUACAAGUUUUUGGCCUUGAAAGUUUAGUUCGCAUUGAAAGGAGGUGUUCAAUUGUAGAUUCCUGACGGCCACGCACCUCCAGACUACCGAGGCUCGGUCAGUGUUUCCCUGUAUCGACAUUCCUGAGGUCAAAGCCCAGUACGACGUCGUGGUUGAACAUCCGACUGGAACUAGCGCCGUUUCCAAUAUGAUGGAGAAUGAGACGAGUGUUGAUGGGUAAGUACAUCGGAAUUCGAAAUGGCUUGAAAAUGAUAGUAUUUGAAGUAAAAAAAAACUUUGAUUCAAUUAGAAACGCCAGAGUGGUCCCUAAAGGGGUUAGGGAGAAACAGCCCCUGCAGAGGACGAAACAGCGCUUCUUAAAGAAGUGAAACAUUACACUAUUCAAUGUUUUUUUGUCGUGGCUCGAAAUUAAAAAGACAUAUAGAAUAAAAACUGAAUUUAUUAAUCUUCUGUUGAUAUUUUUUUCAUUCAAAUAACGCUAAUUAAUUCAGUUUGUCGCUUAGAAGUUUCUUCUCUCUGGAGUUGAAAUAAAAAAAUAAUAAUUAACGAAAAAUGCUCCCCCAUAGUGACCUCUAUAAAAGAGUUAAGAUGGGCUCCUAAGUUUUUCCGCUCUAGGGACCACUCUGGCGUUCCCAAGUAGGCUUCAAAACUUUUUUUGAUUUUUCUAUAGACUUAUAGAUUUUUCGAGUUAAGUUCAUUUCAUUCACAAGAAAAAAAUUUGGUAUUGAAAAAAAUCGAUAACUGGAAGAUAAUUAUAAAAAUUGUUCAGAAUCGCAACAAAAAAACUGAAAUUUUUCGGAAAAAUAUCUUUGAAAUCACCUAUGUUUUUGAAUUUUUUUAGAAAUUGGACAGUUACGAAGUUCCACCGUACGCCGCCCAUGUCGACCUAUCUUUUCGCCUUGGCCGUCAGCGAUUUUCCAUUCUUGGAAUCACAUUCGAGCCAAGGAAUCAGGGUAAUUUUGUUAUGAAAUUGAGAAGAAAAAAACCAUUUUUCUGCUUCACUUCCAUUUUAAAAAGGAAGUAGAACGUUUUGCGACAAUCGUGUUGUCGUCGAAAAUUUAUAUAUUGAAAACAAUAUAUAUUGAAACAUCUUUUCAAUCAAUUAAUCACCCCGCUUUAUUUUUUGGUUUAACUUUUUCUGAUGAGGAUCUCUAAUUCUUGAAAAUUAAUGAAAAAUUGUUCAUGAACUUCAGAAUUUUUUAUUCCUCAUUUUUCAGAUUCGAGUCUAUUGUGACCCGCUGAAAAUCGCCGAUUCUGUACUGAUGUUGGACUCGACGGGACCUUUAUUGGACUUUUUCACGGACUAUUUCGGCAUUCCUUAUCCUCUGGACAAAUUAGGUCCGUUUAUUUUCAAGAUUUUUGACAGUGAUUCAAAAUCAUGUCAUUUACAUAUUACGCGUAGGAUUCCCUGA